CCAAUCUGCUUGAAUCCGGCGGAGCGCGAGCAGUCACGGUAUUAUAUAGGUGUUUGAAGACAAGUUUCUUGUUUUCUUGUGUGUGCGCGCAACGAUUUUUAUACAACAUUAUAUAUACAUAUACAACAUGUACAUAUAAUAUAUAUAUAUUUACAAUACUUAUUGUCUACAAUGACACUUUAGUAGUUUAUUAAUGUGAUUUUAAUAUAAUUAAAUACAGUGCUAAUAAUUGUUAAAAAUUUGUCUUCUAAAACUCAUCAUUAUCGAUACUUUUAUAAUUUUUAUUUUCUUAAAUUUUAUAUUACUUUUAAAAAAUAACCAUUAAUUUUUUAAAUUUUUAUAUUUUUUUUACAAUAUAAAAAUAAUUAGUUUAUACUGUCAAUUAUUGAUAAACAUUGACAGUAGAAAAAAAAAUUUAAUUAAAUUGCUGUUAUAAUUUGUGAAUAUUUAAAUGACAAAAUAAAUAUCAAAAAUCAGUUCCGUCGGCUAAUUUGCUGUUCAAUAAAAAGCUUCAAUAAAAAGAAAAAAAAAAAUUUUAUUUUACAUAAAUACCUGUGAAUAUUUAUUAUAAAUUAAUUUUAAUUUAUCAACAUAUAUAAAUAUAUAUUUUUUUUAAAGACUCUAUUUAAUAAAUAUAAAAAUUUCAUCGUUUUUGAUAUUUUGGUGAACCGUGAUUUGAAAGAAAUAAAAAAAAAAACAAUGAACAUUGAUGAGUUUGUAAAUUGGUAAUGAUGAUUGGUGAUGGUGUAUCAACACCUCCAGGUACAAUAGCAAAAUCUGUGACAGCAAUAAACGAGAUGAUUAUUGUCGACAGCGUGGGAAGUGCUAGUGUGUUGAGUGGUGCCACUGGCAGUCGAAGUGGCAGUGGUAGUCCAGCCACUGGAUCAACUCGCACAAAUAAUAUUAAUAAUAAUAAUAGCAAUAAUAGUAAUAACAACAAUGAUAAUAUAAAUAAUAAUAAUAAUAUAAAUAACGAAGGACGUAUUGCAAUUGGAAAUAGUCACAGUGGUGGUGGUGGUGAUAGUAUUGGAUCAAGUGGUAAAUUAUGUUGUCAAGAUGAUGAUAAUAUGACAACAACAACAACAAAUACUAGUACAAUGGUUACAAGACCCUGGGAGCCACCAUCACCACAAUCAAGAUCACGUUUAUCACUACAAAUACAUCCAGCUCAUCAUCAACAUCCACAUCAUCAUCAUCACCAUCAUCAUCAUCAUCAAAUACCACCUGUUUCAGCUGUAUCAAUUAUCGAAGGUGUUAAUCUUCAAAAUUGCGGUAGUGGAUUUUCUAGUAGCAAUAACGCCGGAGGAGGUGGAGGUGGUGGAGGUGGUGGUGUUGGAAGUGGCGGAAGUGGUGGAGCAUCUCGUCAACGAUUACUAGAACUAUCCCAUGGUCUAGGUGCCCUAAGGCAUUACAAUGAUCUUGCUAAUCACGUGUUGUCAUUGAAUCAGCAGGGUGCGGUUGUAACAAAACUUCUUGGUACACUGAGACCCCCUGGGCUAAUUGGUGGCAGCAAACCAAAAGUAGCAACACCAGCAGUUGUAGCUAAAAUUGAACAGUACAAACGAGAAAAUCCAACGAUAUUUGCUUGGGAAAUUCGAGAAAGGCUGAUAUCAGAAGGAGUUUGUAGUAAUGCAACAGCACCGUCGGUCAGUAGUAUAAAUCGUAUUUUAAGAAAUCGUGCUGCUGAACGUGCUGCAGCUGAAUUUGCACGUGCCGCCGGUUAUGGAUUAUAUGCUGCUGGUCCACAUCCAUAUUUUAAUUCAGCUCAUCAUCAUCCAUCAUCACAUCAUUUACCAGGAGGUUGGCCAACACCCGGAGCACCUGGACAUCCAUGGAUGAUGCCACCACUUCCAAGUGGAUUAAGUGCUGGUGCUGCAUCAGCAUUAUUAUUACCAACAUCACUUAGUCCAAGUAGUGGUGGUGUUGGUGGAGGUGGUACUGGUGGUCCUGGUGGUCCUGGUACUGGUUCAAAUUUAACUGGUUCACCUGAUCAUGCAUUACAUGCUGAUGCAAUUGCACGUGGAUAUUUACAAGAUCCAGAGGGUGAUGAUGGAAGUCUUGAUGGUUCUGAACAACCAAAAUUUCGUCGAAAUCGUACGACAUUUUCACCAGAGCAACUUGAAGAAUUAGAAAAAGAAUUUGAAAGAUCUCAUUAUCCAUGUGUAUCAACACGUGAACGUCUUGCAUCAAAAACAUCAUUAUCAGAAGCACGAGUACAAACGAGCAAAAUGGCGACGUCAUCAACGUAUGAAUUUAUUAAAACGUUCACCACCACCACCACAACCACAACAACUACAAACUCAACAACAACAACAGCCAAUAAAUCAAUCCAAUUUAUCAACAACAACAACUACAGCCACAACAACAACAACAACAACAACAUCAUCAACUACAACACCUGUAUCAGCUCAUUCAGGUCUAGAUCAUAUACAAGCCCGUAUUCAAGCUUCAUCAAUUGGCGGUAUGGGUGGUGAAAAUAGUGCAUUUAGAGCUGUAUGUACACCAAUUAUUAAAGAUACAAUACAAAAAAAACCAAGUGCAUUUAGAAUGAUAAGUCAACUUGUUGGUGAUGAUCGUCCAUCAACUCCACCAAAUAAAAUAUGCUCAAAUUUAUCAAAUAAUAUUGAAAGACUAUCAAAUUCUGAUUCAAUUGAUGUUGAUUCACAUGAUGAUGAGGAUGAAGAUAUUGAUGUGCAAGAAGAAUCUGAUCAUGAUGUUAAUGCAUGGCGUGAUCACUGGACUGAUCAACAACCUCUUGAAUUAACUAAACAUCAUGAUCGCUAAUUUAUUUAUUAUUAUUAUUUAUAUGCCUUGAUAGAUGCAAUUAUUAUUAUCAUGUACCUAUUAUUUUAUUUCAUGGGUGCACAAUAAUUUCAACUACAGAUUACACGGUUCAAAAAAAUUUCAAGUGUUGAUAAUUUUAUUUAAUUAAAAUAUCAAUUAGUUUAUAUAUAUAUAUAUUUUUUUUUUUAUGAAUAUUUUAGCAAUUUUUUUUUUUUUUUUAAUUAAGCUGAUUUAAAUAUUCAGCAUAAAAAAAUUCUAGAACCGUGUUAUUAUUACAUUUUUUUUAAUUUUAUUAUUAUUAUAAAUAAAAUUUUAUUUAUGUCGCAAUUUUUUUAUUAAUAUUAAUAUACUGCCAAAAAUAUAAUUUGGCAUAUAAAAUUAAUAAAAUAUUAAUUUGAUACAAUUAA